UUUGCGAAAAAUGAUCAAAACAACAUGAAAGUUCAAAAUAAAAAUAAAAAAAAAAUCAAUUUUCAAUAAUAUCUCUGUAUAAAAACAAAAGUUUGGUAAAGAUUCGUGAUAAAAUUCCAAAUGCAUGAAAGCACAAAUGUGGAAACACAGUAAAGCAAACUCAAAGUCUCUCUCUAUAUAUAGAUAUAUGUUGGUGAAUAUUGAUCAAAACUCACACUCUCUCUCUCGCUUUAAUUAGAUAUAUCUUCUCUAUUAAUUGGUACAAUACAACCAAGAAAAAUGGGAAUGAAAAAUCCAAUGAUAUUUAUUAUCUUUUUCAUGCUUUUCUCUCUGUCUUCUUUUUCUCCUUUCUCUUUAGCCAAACCAUUAGAAAACAACAACAAUAAGAAGCCUUAUUACAAGCCAUGCAAAACCCUAAUGCUCUACUUCCACGACAUCAUCUACAACGGUCAAAACGCCGCCAACGCCACGUCUGCCAUAGUGGCGGCGCCUCAAGGAGCCAACUUGACCAUCCUGGCCGGCCAGUUCCACUUCGGAAACGUCGUCGUUUUCGAUGACCCCAUAACCCUCGACAACAAACUCCGGUCCGGGCCGGUGGGUAGGGCUCAGGGGUUCUACAUCUACGACACCAAGAACACCUACACGGCCUGGCUGGGCUUCACCUUCGUCCUCAACAACACCGAAGUGGGUCGGGGCACCAUCGGCUUUGCCGGAGCCGACCCCACCAUGGUCAAGGCUAGGGACAUCUCGGUCGUCGGUGGCACCGGAGAUUUCUUCAUGCACCGUGGGAUUGCCACUAUCACCACUGAUUCUUUUGAGGGUGCAGUUUACUUUCGUCUUAGGGUUGAUAUCAAGUUCUACGAGUGUUGGUGAUCAUUUGAUGACUUUUAUCAACACCAACUUUGUCAUUAUAUAUAUAUAUAUGUAUUUUUCUGUUUUCGUUUGAUUCGUUUGCGUCAACUACAGUUAGUUUAGUGCCAGAGAUAUUUGUAUGGAUCUUUCCAUAUUGAUGUUUCUAGUUUGUGUUUAAUAAAUGAAUAAAAUGAACUGUUUGGAUUUUUGAAGUA